UUGCUCAGUUGCUUGAUGGAACGCGACGUGCUCACACCGAAAACUAGAACUCCUCUCUGAUAAGACGGCACCAAGUUAAUUUGACCUCAAACAGAGAAAGAUAAGGCAUUGUUGGGUGAACAUGACUGCCAACGGGAACGGAACUGCUCAGGAUUUGGGUGCCGGCAUUGAAAUCGUGGCCCCACAGAAGCUCCAGCCGGAAUCCAAGGUUUACGGGCGCGUGCAGCAAUUGACCGCAUUUUUCAAACAACAAUUCGGAGCGAAUCCGGACUUUAUCGUUCGAGUGCCAGGAAGGGUCAACAUCAUUGGCGAGCAUGUGGACUACUGCGGCUAUUCGGUGCUGCCCAUGGCUGUAAGCCAGAGCAUUUUCCUUGCAGUGGCCAAGAAUCCUAGUGAUAGCCAGCUUCAACUCAGAAAUCUCGAGGAAGCGAAGUUUACGGGCUACGAUGCCGAUCUCAAAACGCUCAGAAUCGAGCUUCCAAAGAGUGGUGGACCCGCUUGGUAUAACUACUUCUUGUGCGGCAUCAAAGGAAUACAGGAGAGUCUGGGCAGCCAGUGGAAGCCCAUUGGCAUGCGCAUUGCUGUGGACGGUAAUGUGCCCUUGGCGGCAGGACUCUCCAGUUCGAGUGCCAUGGUCAGCUCCGCUGUGUUGGCCACCGCACACGUCCAGGGCAAGAAACUAGAUCGCAGGGAGCUGGCUUCCAUUUCGGCCAUGUGUGAGCAGUACAUUGGAACGCACAGUGGUGGUAUGGAUCAGGCAAUAGCCUAUUUGGGCAGAGUUGGCUGCGCCCACCACAUCGAGUUCCAUCCCAAGCUCAAGGGCACUCCGGUGACCUUGCCAGCGGGCAAGUGCUUCGUUGUGGCCAACAGUCUGGCUCAAAAGAACAAGGCUGCUUCGUCGGACUACAAUGAACGAGUGGUGGAAUGCCGAUUGGCCACUAGAUGGCUGGCCAAGCGCAAGGGCUUGAUCAACUGGGAGGAUAUUGUGCGCUUCAUUGAUCUAGAGGAGGCGUGCCAAAUGGAUAAUGAGACUUUCGAGAAGUUGAUUAAGGACAACUUAACGAAGAGCAACUACACGCGAGCGGAUAUCUGCAAGGAGUUGGGAGUCACCGAACAGGAACUGGAGACCAAGUUCCUAUCCGCCAACACUCGGCACAUGGAGCAGUUCAAGCUGCGUCAACGUGCUCUGCAUGUUAUUCAGGAAUCCGGUCGCGUGGCCAAAUUCCGGAAAAUUUGUGAGGAACUCGCCGGCGGAGCCAAUAAGGAAGGUGCAAAACAGCUGGGUGAGCUCAUGCGGCAAUCCCACGAGAGUUUAAGGGAGCUAUACGAAUGCUCUCAUCCUGAUGUAGAGCGCCUGAUUGCCAUAUCGAACCAGCAGAACGUUAGCGCCCGAGUCACUGGAGCUGGUUGGGGCGGUUGUAUAGUUGCCAUGUGCGAUUCCAUAGAAGCAGCUGAUGAGUACAUAAAGGUUUUGAAGCGCGAUUACUAUGCUCAAUUGCCAACACAUCUCCUGGAGCGUCAUCAGCCCAACAACUUUAGCGAAGUGGUCUUUGCCACUCUACCAGGAAACGGAGCCGAGUUGUAUAUACAGUGAACGCUUGUGUAGCAUUUUAAUCCAACUUUUAUACCAAAAUCAUCCUAUCAGUCACUAUAAUCAAACGGUCAUUUAUAGAAAAAACAUUUAAUAUGUAGAGUACUAUGUACAAUAUAUUAACAAUUUACAAGCUAAAAUACAACAAGGCACGUGGGGAACGGAACUCAUCUGGCAUCGUGAGUUCUAUCUGCUACUCAGAUAGCCGGCGUUCUUGAAGAGCUUGUACACCUGUUCGCGCGGUAUUUUCUCCGCCUCACGAUGUACCACUGCCAUUUCCUUCUUCGUGAGCAGUGAUUCCUUGGCCAGAUUGGCAGCGAUCACGGGAUCAUUGUAGAACCGCGCACUCUUCGACAGCUCAGCCGGCAACUCAGACUCCCACUGGGCAUUUCGCACCACCGAGGGAUGGGCAUCGGCUGUUGCAUAUCCCUGGUACGGAUUGGCCGGUUCGUAAGCGUGCGCAACCGGCAGACCCAGCGCCUGGUGGUAGAAGAACUGGGCCCGAACCGAACUCAUGGCCAGAAGCAGGCAUCCAGCGAGCAGCGUUACUUGGCAGGCGGUCGGCAUGAUUGGCUGCUGGAGGGGAGAAAAGGAGCAGGAGCUGGCAUUAUUGUCCAACGUUCUAAUAAAGCGAUACGGACAGAUUUAUUGCCGCUGGUCAGUGGCAGUUUUUAAUCUACAAGUCGGCUGUCAGUUUCGUGCGUCAUAAAUUAUGUACGGGAAAAUCAAUUAUCGCAUAUGGCCAAUGGAGUGGGCAACGCGGAGAUCUUGGCUCAAACUGUUACAGUUGCUAAUCCAUGAACUUUUUUGCAACUUGGAACUGGCUUUUUUUUAUUGAUAAGAAUUGGACUGGCCGCGAACUAAAUGGCGAGCUUUAUUUGUCAAGCGUAGAGUGCUCCAAUUUGGUCGCAACAAAGCAAUCGUAGCUUGAGAUAUAAGUACAGUGGUCUCUCUAGAACUCUUUUGAGAUUUUAAUUGCAAUUGGGUAAUUUGCUAUAAGGAUUGGUGAAAAUAUUAUUUUUUAUUUUACGUUAUAAUGACAUUAUCGAAGAUGCAUUUACCAAAUGUAUUAAUUAAG